AUGAUGAAGAUGCCUGGGCCGCUCGGCGUCAUCACCGUCCACGGCGACCCAGACCUGGCCGUGGAGUGCGAGGACAACGGCACCAAGCUCGCCGACACCGUCAUCACCGAGGAACGCGACAACACCGUCGAGCUCGCUAAGUACCCAGUCGACCGCAACGACCCCUCCAUCCUCGAGAAGCCGACUGAGCUCGACUCGUCUGCAGCAACUUUCAAGCCUACAACAAAUACCCGCCAAGUAGAUCUUGUAGAGAACGACUCGAGUAGACAGAAAAACAAGACCUGGCGAAUGUGCAUCGACUACACUAGCCUCAACCGCGCCUGCCCCAAGGACCCAUUCGUCCUACUGCGAAUCGACCAGAUCAUCGACGCAGUCGCGGGGUCGGAGUUACUAUGCUUCCACGACGCAUACUCCGGGUACAAUCAAAUCAAGAUGGCAGUAGAAGACCAGGAGGAAACGACAUUCAUCACGCCACUCGGUGCCUACUGCUACACAGCCAUGACCUUCGGUCUCAGAAACGCCGGAGCUACUUACCAGCGGUGCAUGAACAACUGCCUGGAGAGCCAGAUCGGUCGCAACGUCCACGUCUACAUCGACGAUGUGGUGGUCAAGUCGACUCGGCAAGAUGACUUAGUCGCCGACCUCGCCGAAACCUUCGCCAACCUACGGCGUUACCAGAUAAAGCUCAACCCCUUGAAGUGCACCUUCGGGGUCCCGUCAGGACAACUCCUUGGCUACGACGUAUCCAAGCGCGGCAUCGAGCCCAACCCGGAAAAUACUUCGGCGGUCAUGCGCACUAAAAGACCGACUUGCCUGCUCGAUGCACAGAGACUCGCCGGGCGAGUUGCGACACUCAGUCGCUUCAUCCCCCGACUCAGCGACAAGGCCAUGCCACUCUACCGUCUUCUGAAGAAGUCAGACUCGUUCGAGUGGACGGAUGAAGCACAGAAGGCCUUGGAAGAACUCCAGAACGCCCUGAGAAACGGCCCCGUCCUCGCGGCCCCGCUACCGCAAGAAACCAUGUUGUUGUACGUUGCCGCGUCCAAUCGCGCAAUAAGUGCAGUCAUGGUCGUCGAGCGCAAGGAAGAAGGAAAGGAGCAACUCACACAACGUCCAGUCUACUACAUCAGCGAAGCCCUGAUCGAGUCGAAGCAGCGGUACCCGCACUACCAACAAUUGGUGGUCGCCUCAACGCCACUCGCCGACAUAAUCCGCAACCGCGACGCGACCGGUCGAAUUGCCAAGUGGGCAGUCGAACUCGGCGUCCACAACAUCACGUACGAGUCAUGCCAUGCGGUCAAGUCUCAAGCACUAGCCGACUUCCUCGCCGACUGGGAAGAAGCCCAGCAGCCCAGAUCAUCGGCGGACCUCAAGCAUUGGACGCUACACUUCGACGGCUCCAAAAACCUCGAAGGAGCAGGGGCAGGGGUCGUCCUCACCUUGCCGAAAGGUGACAUCGUGAGGUACGUCCUACAGCUCCGAUUCGAACCCUGCACCAACAACAUGGCCGACUACGAGGCACUGCUGCACGGCAUGCACGUCGCAAAGGAAAUGAGCGCGACACGCCUACGCUGCCUCGGCGACUCCGACCUCGUCGCUAGCCAAACAUCCGGCACCUGCAACGCAACCGACAUCAACAUGAUCGCCUACAAGAAAGCGAUCGACCAGGCCGGCGCCAGCUUCGCCGAUCAUGCCGUCGAGUGGGUCGACAGGUGCAAAAAUGAAGAAGCAGACGCCCUGGCCAGGCUAGGGUCCAGGCGACUGCCACCCCCUCCAGGCGUCUUCCUCGACAUCAUCACCCAUUCGUCGGUGCGCGCGCCCCGAGAGGUUGACAUCGCCGAGCAACCCACACCCGACUCUGUGCUAGUCGCAGUCGUCUCCGAUGCUGCAGGUUGGACGGAGCCAUACAUGAACUACCUCGAGCGGCAAGUCCUACCGACGGAUGAAGCAGAAGCACGAAUGAUCAUGCGCCGCUGCAAGUCCUUCACCAUCAUCAACAACGAGCUCUACAAGCGCAGCAUCUCCAGCGUAUUUCAGCGAUGCGUCACCUCUGAAGAAGGGCGCAAAAUCCUGCGCGACAUCCACGCAGGGGACUGCGGCCACCACGCGGGCGCACGCUCAAUCGUGGCCAAAGCCCUUCGACACGGCUUCUACUGGCCUACAGCUCACUCCGACGCAGUCGACCUCGUUCGCGCAUGCGUCGGGUGCCAGAAAUAUGCGAGUCAGUCGCACAUGCCGGGCUCGGCACUGAAGACCAUACCCCUAACCUGGCCAUUCGCCGUCUGGGGCAUGGACAUGGUGGGAAAGUUCAAAACAGCCCCCAGCGGGUACACUCACCUCCUCGUCGCCGUGGACAAAUUCACCAAAUGGGUGGAAGCGAAACCCAUCAAGAAGUGCGACGGCAAAACGGCCACCAAAUUCUUAUGGGAGUUGAUCUACCGCUACGGAUACCCUCACAGCAUCAUCACCGACAACGGCACAAACUUCUCCAAAGGGGAAAUGGCAGAUUUCUGCGAAGAGAACGGUAUCCGACUAGAUCUAGCGUCAGUCACGCACCCCGAGUCGAACGGGCAAGCAGAAAGGGCGAACUAG